AUGGGAAACAUAUUAUUCCUCAUAGGUCUUACCUUGAUUAUGGGACCAAGGAAGACUGCCUACUUCUUUGCUAGACCUGAGAAGUUGCGGGGAUCAGUGUGCUUUUUGCUAGGUAUUCUUCUUAUCUUCUUCAAGCACUCAUUUUUGGGACUCAUAAUCGAAAGUUUUGGAAUUCUAGGUUUGUUCGGGGAAUUUUUUGCUACAAUGGUGCAAUUUUUAAGGACAUUACCAUUUGUCGGCCCAAUCCUUUCACAUCCACUUGUUGCUCCUAUUGUGGAUAAGCUUGCAGGUGUAAGGGUGCUACCUAUAUGA